AGAGAGAGAGAGAGAGAGAGAGAGAGAGAGAGAGAGAGAGAGAGAGAGAGAGAGAGAGAGAGAGAGAGAGAGAGAGAGAGCAGUGGCCUGGGGAUUCUCGCCCGCACUUGUUGUCUGCCAUAAGGUAUGGCGCUCACACCGGCGGAUAUCCAGUCUGUUUAUUCUCUCCUACAGAAUGCCGUCAGCCAGGAAGAGAAGCAGCGCAAGCCGUCUGAGGCAGCGCUAAGUAGUUGGGAGAACCGACCCGGGUUCUGCUCGUGCCUAAUGGAGAUUAUCUCAGCUCGGGAUCUGGAUAGCCAGCAUGGUGUCAGGUGGCUUGCCGCUGUGUACUUCAAGAACAGCAUCGCCCGUUACUGGAGAAAUCGGCGUGACACAAUAAUGGGGAUUAGUGAUGGGGAGAAGACACAUCUUCGUCGGAAGCUUCUGGAGGAACUGAAGGAAGAGAACAACCAGGUUUCUGUCCAACUUGCCCUCCUGGUUUCCAAGAUCGCUCGGUUUGAUUACCCAAAAGAAUGGCCGGAGCUCUUCCCUUCGUUGAUUCAGAAGCUGCAAUCCUCAGAUGUCCUACUCACAGAACGAGUUUACAUGGUACUGAAUCAACUCCUGAAGGAACUUUCAACGAAACGGUUGGCAGCGGAUCAGAAGAAUUUUGCAGAGGACUUGCGUCUUGGCCCACUCGCACUUCUUCGCGUUGAUCUUGAAGUUAGCCUCUCUGAGCUUCUCCAAGACGUGCCUGAGAUGACCCUGAUGCUCUUGGAGGUUCUUGCUGAAAUCUAAGAUGUCAUCUAAAUAAAGUUAAUAAACUACUACAAACUUGUCUACCCAGGGUCUAAACAAAUCAUUCAUACAACG